AUGUCAGUCAGCCAAUUUGCAAAAGAUGCUGCUCUGGACUUUUCUGUAAAUUUCCCAGUUCAGGUGUUUAUUCACGAUGUCAAAGAAGUGAUGUUUCUAAACAGCAAAGCCCCAGUCUUAGACCCUGACAGCUCUCUAAGGUUGCUCUACAGUGUGAGAGAAACUGUGGUGGACAUUUCAGCAAGAGAACUCUCUACUGAACAGAGAGGGUGUGUGGUGGAGGGGGAGAGAAGUGUCCGAGGUUACCCAGUGUACAGUCGCAGCAGCUGUCAGACGGCUUGUCUAGCUCAACAUCAGCUGUCUGUGUGUGGCUGUCAUCAUCACCUGAUACCAACACCAGAUAACUCCAGGUAUUGUGACCUGAAAGGACUUCAAUGUAUAGAUGACGAUUUCAGGAAUAAAAACCAAACAAAAACAAGGAAAAGAUCAAACAUGUACAAGAAAUGUGAGUGUCUACAAUCCUGCGACCAGCAAGAAGUUAAAGUUAUAUGGGGCAGAUUGAAACGAAAUGAAUCUGAUGCCACCAUCCAUAUUCAACUAGCUGCCCCACCAACAGAGCGUUUGGUUCUGAAAUCUAGAGUUAACUUCUUAGACAUUCUGGUUGGGUUUGCUUGUUUCACGCGCCUGUUCACUAGCAUCAGUUUACUUGAUGUCAUCUUGCUUCUGUUCACAUGGAUGUAUCCUAGAAAAGUGUGUGUGUCUUACAGGGAAUGUUUCAAACACAGCAUGGAGUGAGAUGAAGCAAGGACAAAGAGGAGUGAGCAUUGUGUAGUGGUUGCUAUAUACACACAGGAAUUUUGCUACCAACUUUUUAUAUCAAGUAAAACAAAAUGUAACAUUUCUUAUUUAUCCUUCCUGAAAUUUGUAAAGCUUGUAUAUCUUGCCCCAAUACACCCCUGAUGAUAUGGUUAACUUCCAUUUAUAAGAAAUAA